UUGUGUUGCCGACAGAUGUGAAAACAUAUGUUACAGUAAUAGUUACAGGAAGCAGUUGUAUUGUAAGAGUGCAAAGUUGGUUUCUGGAGAAAAUAAAUUAUUGCUGAAUCUGCUCGUAAUUUGCAUAGCUUCUUUCUCGCAUUCUCAAUUUCUUUCUACCGAUCAAAUUCGAUUUCGACCCAAAGAGAAGUUAAAUUCUGAGGAUCUGGCUUCUGUCGCUGUAGCCCUUUCUUUGGUUUGUAGAUUUUCAAUGUGCAUGUUGAUGCAGCGAAGGCAAUCAAUCAAUUACUUAAUUGAUAUCUGAAGCUGCUUCAUACAAAGUUGUGAUGGAUAAAGUAGGGCGUGGUUUCAAGAGCUUCAGAACAUUAUUGGCUGUGGCUUCUAUAAUCUUCCCUGUUUUGGUCACAUUUACUCUCAUACACCAGAACUCAGUUUUCGAUCUCGUCCAUGGAUUUAAUGUUUUGGCUGUUAGAGCUCACAAUGCUUCUAAUAUUGUCUUGAAACAAGGAGCUCAAAAUGCGAUCACUACUAAUGUCGUGCAGGAAGGAGCUCAAAAUGCCUCAAUACAAGAGUUUCAAAAUGCUACAGUUAAAACUGGGGAAGAAAAGGAUCAUAAUGUUAUUCCAGACUCAGCCCCUGUUGAUAAGGUUUUGGAAAACAAAAAUCAGAAUUCUAAGCCUGGAAUCUUAGAAGAACCAGCUCAGGCACUACCUCUCUUAGAUCUUGGUCCAAAGAAUAAUUCAUCUGAAGAUGGGGAGAAUGUUUUGUCCCUAUCUACUAGCAUCACCAUUUCUAAAGACAAACUCCUUGAUGGGCUUCUGGUUUCAUCAUUUGAUGAAGCAUCAUGCUUUAGUAGAUAUCAAUCUUACUUGUACCGCAAAAGUUCCUCUCACAAACCUUCUAGAUAUCUUAUCUCCAAGUUACGAAAAUAUGAACAUCUUCAUCGAAGUUGUGGACCUUCUACCAAAUUCUACAACAAAAUCAUGAGAAAGGGCACAAAAUUUAGCAAUAAUGAUGUUAGUACGAAAUGCAAAUAUCUUGUCUGGACAGCUGUCAAUGGAUUAGGGAACAGAAUAGUAACCUUGGUUGCAGCAUUUCUUUAUGCUAUCCUUACAGAUCGUGUUCUGCUUGUCAAAUUUGGGACCGAUAUGUCUGGUCUCUUUUGUGAGCCAUUUCCUGAUUCCUCAUGGUUAUUGCCCAGGAGUUUUCCUUAUUGGAAAGAUCAGAAGCAUAUUGAAACAUAUGAAAACAUAUUAAACAAUUUCAAGGUAAACAGUUCACAGGUACUUCUGCCACCAUUUCUUAUUCUUAAUCUACAGCACUCCCAUGACCGUCACAAUAAUUUUUUUCAUUGUGAUGGAAGUCAAGAUCUUCUUCAAAAAAUUUCAGUGCUGAUUUUACGGUCAGAUCAAUACUUUGUCCCUUCUCUUUUUAUGAUUCCAUCGUUUAGAGAAGAACUAAGUAAAAUGUUCCCCCAGAAGGACACAGUUUUUCACCAUCUUGGACGUUACCUUCUUCACCCAUCAAACAAAGCAUGGCAAAUAAUUAGAAAAAUUUAUGAGGCACAUCUAGCCAAGGCAAAUGAGAGGAUAGGUCUGCAGAUUAGACUUUUUAAUACUCAUCGACCACCACAUCAAACUGUUGUUAACCAAAUAGUAUCCUGCACCCUUCAGCAUAAGUUGCUGCCUGAUUUCAACGCACAAAAGUCAGUGGCUUCUCCUUUGAAGAAGACCUCAAAAGUUGUUUUAGUAGCAUCUUUAUUCUCAGAAUACGGUGAGAAGCUGAAGACUAUGUAUCAGGCAAAUAGAACUGUGACCAGGGAAGUAAUAAGAGUUUAUCAGCCCAGUCAUGAAGAGCGUCAAAAGUCAAAUGAUGACAUGCACAACAUCAAGGCAUGGACCGAAAUAUAUUUGCUGAGUUUAUGUGAUGCAUUGGUUACUAGCACUAAGUCUACUUUUGGUUAUGUUGCUCAUAGUCUUGGAGGUUUGAAGCCAUGGAUUUUGCAGAGGGGAUAUAAUGAAACCAUCCCAGAUCCACCUUGUCGACAUGCCAAGUCCAUGGAGCCCUGUUUCCAUUAUCCACCCAAAUAUGACUGUAGGGCCAAUAGCACAGUUGAUUUUACUUCCCUUUUUAAUCAUAUGAAGCAUUGUGAAGAUGUAUCUGGUGGAUUGAAGCUGGUUAAUGGUAAUCACUAGGUAACAAACCAACAUGAUGCCAAGCACUGGGCUAUUUGCUUUGCCAACCUUUCAAUAAUCCUUCUUUGCUCUAAUAUAUUACUACUUUGGACAGUUUUUGAGGUUGUCAAAUGGACUGUAACUGAUUAGGUUCCUGUUAUCCACAAUGUAGCCUUGUUCUGCGGAAGGGUUGUCUCUGAUCAAACCGGUUUCACCAUAUUGAAUGAGUGGUAUUGGAGGUGGAAUUCUAAUACAUCAUCAAUGACAAUAUCAAGGCUAUUAUUUAUGGAGUUUUUUUACAGCAGGGAUAUGAUGGUGUUGGUUCUCCAUACUCAGAAGGGCCAUUGUAGAUAUAAUUCAAUCUGAGAAGCAUGUUUUGUCAACAGAAAUCCGAACAAGGUAUUUGCAUUAUUCAAUAUCGCUAUGGCAAACUUAGAUAGUUGAGUCUAGGAAUUCUGAAUGUCUGCCAAUUUUGCUGCGGAACUAUCUCGAGGCAUGUAAUAAUUAGUUUAGCUAGAAUGUUUCUUGCAAAAAAAAACUGCUUUUCCCCCUUGUUUUAACUGUAUGUAUUCCAUAUCUUACAUUAUUUAAUGGUAAAUUUUAGGAUUUUUGUUGUGUUUGAACAAUCGAAUUUAGUUGU